UGAGGUGUAUAUUGGACUUAUUACAGACAGUAUCCUACCCGUCAUUGAUGACAGCCCAAUGAUGAAUCAUCUGACAGCUCCCCGAUGUUGGUAGCACUGCAUGAGCCAUGGCUCGGAUAAACCACAGCAGACAUCGGUUGCGCGCCAUCGGCUCGGGGCCCUCAUUCACAUAGUCGAGUCUCGAGCGAACAGGACGCAUUCGGUGUUGUAGCGGCACGUCUCGUGUGAGUGAUUUAUUCAGUGGAAUUUUGUAGAUUGUUGCUGAGUUUUCCUUGCAGCUGGCCGAGUAUUUACAUUGGCGAUCCUGCCAGGAGGUUAAUUAUGUAAGUAUGAAAGUAAUGAAACGAAUGGGAACGAAAUCACUCGCACGAGAAUCUCAAGUGGACUUUGUAAAGUUUUCGACGGCGCGUAAUGGAAACCACCAUCGGAAAACAAAAUGGCGGCUAACGAAUAGCAAAUCAGUAAAGAAAACUGCAGUCGCAAAAGCGUUGUGUGAUCGUCAAAAUAUUCAGAAGACGAGUAACGAAAACCGUCUGAGAAAAUUACUAGCUCUGUGGUACAAAAGACGUGUAAUGAAAACCGUCGAAGAGCGAAGCCUGAAAGCAAUCGGAAAUAGGUGUGUAAUGAAAACCAUCUGAACAUUGGAAUAUAUUGCCAUAUUUGGAAUUUAACGGGUGUGUAAAGAAAACAUUACCCAGUAGAAUGAUAUUUUAGAAGUACUACCGACUUGAAGCGAAACGGUAAUGAAAACCGUGCUCAACCGUGAUUUUUUUUUCUUGGAACUUCUGGCAAGCAGACUCAAAAAUGCAGCAUGAACAAUAGUGACAAGUUCUAAUCUGAUUGGCCUGUUUUCUUUUACUUUGCCAUUUACAGAUAAUUGGUAACUGUGAGUGGUGUAAAAUUCGAAUAGUGGAAAUGUCGGACGAAGGCAAGUACGUUCGUGUGUACCACUUUAGCGAGGAUGAAGAGGAUGAAGACCAGGAAGCCGGAAGGUAUGUUCGUGCUCCGGUGCUUUCCAACGAAGAAUGUGGAUACGACAUUGACGAAGGAAACUACCGAUAUGAGGCAACAGCGGAAAUCAACAAGGAGAACGAAUUGCUCAAAGAACAAUUAGCGAAGAUGAAGAGGACAGUAGAGGAGAUAACGUCGAGAAACAAUCGAUCUCGGGACCGGGAUGUCGUACGCAACGAUGCUGAGGAAAGCUGGACUUGUUCUCGUAGCUAUCCGUCAUCCCAACCGCUCGAGAACACUCCCAAUAUCCGCUGGGACCAGAUGAAGCCGUUCCCCAAGAACAUUCCUGCUAACAAGAUGUGGGAAGAGUGGACGAAGUAUAUUGAAAACUUCGAAAUCGCUGCUCUGUUGUCUAAUGCUGUCGAUCCUGUGCGCCGCUCACAGCUGCUUUUUCUAUCGAUGGGCGAAGAAAUGCAGGGAAUCGUUCGCGCUGCUAAGUUAAGGCCAAACCUGCACGACAGCGAUUGUUAUGCACUCUUCGUGAAGAACAUUGAACAUCAUCUUCGUUCCAUGACGGAUACCGCAGCAGAACACGAGGCCUUUUCGUGUAUGCAGCAGGAGCGAGGAGAAACCGUGGUUAAUUAUCACGCCAGGGUUAUGGAGAAGGUGCGUCUAUGCCGCUACAGCCCAAGCGACCAGGAACGCUUUGUGCGGGCGCAGUUGCUUAAAGGGAUGUCAAACCGAGAGCUGGCGAAAACUGCAAGGACAUUCGGGCAUGAAACUAACUUCAUUGUCCAAUCGGCGACACGCGACGAGUCGUACAGAGCUGAACCAGCGCAGGCGGGUACUACGUAUGAUUCGGUGUUGAACCAGGUAUUCAAUCGUGCCCCGUUCAGAGCUUCGAUGAAACGGUAUGGCAGCUACGGGAAAUUUAGUGAACCUCGUAACAAACAGGGCCGUUUCGAAAAUCGCACUGUUAACAGCCGACAGGAGUAUUGCCCAAGGUGCAAUAAAUGGAUGCACAAGAACCGUCCAUGUCCGGCAUUGAAGCUCAAAUGUCACGAAUGUGGUACAUUCGGCCAUUUUGCUGUGGUAUGCCGGAAGAAACGAGUAUACGCCGUCGAUGAUGUGGGCCCUCAAGAACCAAAAAUGGAACCUAAGGAGGAACAGGUAAAAUGAGUUAAUAAUGGCUUCAUUGAAUUUCGUUAAAUAUAUGUAACAGCUAACUACAGAACUCAAACGUUUUCUUUUUGUUCUAUUUUUGAUGACAGCUCAACGCAUUAUCUCUUGAAGAUGUCCUAAUCGAUUGUCGAGUGGGGUCUUCCAACCCUGUUCAAUUUCUUAUCGAUUCUGGAGCAGAUGUUAACGUGGUUGGUGGAAAAGACUGGGAUAAUCUUUACAACGAGUACAUCUCAGGGGUAGUUCAGCUGGUUCCCAUCGAGAUUUCGUCGACCAGGAAUCUGAAAGCGUAUGCCAGCAGCGUUUCAAUGAAGGUAGAUUUUGCCUUCAGAGCAGAGAUAGUUCCAUUGGGAUCGAAUAACAAAGUCGAGGCAGAAUUCCUUGUAGUCAUGGAUGGCAAAAGGUCUCUUCUAGGCAGGUCGACAGCCAGCGAUUUGAAAUUGCUCUUAGUCGGUGCGCAAGUAAACGCCUGCGAAGUUACGUUAAACAAAACGUUCCCAAAGAUGCCGGGCGUUAUCGUUAAGUUUAGCGUGGACAAAAGUAUACCACCGACCCGUAAUGC